CGGAAACCCGGGCCGGAGGGGUGGACGCGCGGCAUCCUCCGCGUCCCGUCUGCUGAGACCCCCGAACCUAGGCAUGGAUGCGGCGGAGCCAGGAUAUCCGAGAGGAGACUCGGUUUUCCAAUGCUCCUGAGAGCAGAAAGAGGUACAGUGACAUCUUCCGGAGCCUGGACAACCUCGAGAUCUCCCUGGGGAACGUAACCUUUGAGACGCUGGGUGGAGAUGCAGUCCUACCAGAAAACACAGAACCUGCUGAGAUUGUCACAGCCACAGCGACUAGUGAAUCCAGCUCUAAGAGUGGCCCCUCCUGGGGCAGUCCUGUUCCCCUCACAGGAGAAGAACUGGACUUGAGACUCAUCCGGACCAAGGGGGGUGUCGACACAGCCCUGGACUAUGCUAAGACAUGGAGCCGCUACGCCAAGGAGCUGCUGGCCUGGACGGAGAAGAGAGCAGGCUAUGAACUGGAGUUUGCUAAAAGCAUCGUGAAGAUUGCAGAAGCUAGCAAAGUCUCCAUCCGCCAGCAGAGCCACAUGCCGCUACAGUACAUCUACACCCUGUUUCUGGAACAUGACCUCAACCUGGGAGCCCUGGCCAUGGAGACUGUGGCCCAGCAGAAGAGAGAUUACUACCAGCCCCUGGCCGCCAAACGCACAGAAAUUGAGAAAUGGCGCAAGGAAUUCAAGGAGCAAUGGAUAAGGGAGCAGAAGCGGAUGAACGAGGCAGUGCAGGCCCUGCGCCGGGCCCAGCUCCAGUACCUGCAGCGCAGCGAGGAGCUGUGGGCGCGCUCCCAGGGCUCUCCGGAGGACCUGGGGCCCCAGGCCUCGCCCACACCCAGCAAACAGCAAGAGAGGCGGCGGCGCUCCAGAGAGGAGGCCCAGGCCAAGGCACAGGAGGCUGAGGCCCUGUACCAGGCCUGCGUCCAUGAGGCCAAUGCCCGGCAGCAGGACCUGGAGAGGGCCAAGCAGCGGAUUGUGUCACAUGUGCGCAAGCUGGUGUUGCAGGGGGAUGAAGUGCUGAGGCGGGUGACCCUGGGCCUGUUUGGGGUGCGUCGGGCGCAGGCUGAGCGUGGUCCCCGGGCCUUCUCCGCCCUGGCCGAGUGCUGUACACCCUUCGAACCCGGCCAGCGCUACCAGGAGUUUGUGCAGGCCCUGCGGCCUGAGGCCCCGCCAUCCCCACCAACCCCCUUCUCCUUCCAGGAGUUCUCACCACCCAGGUACAGCUCCGUGGACAUGAAAAAGAAGCUCUCCGGGCCCCCACUUCCAAAGCUGGACGAGGGGUCUGCAGAGCGAGGCCUUUGGGAGGACGCAUGCGUGGGCUGCCGGGGGACGCCAGGCCACGUGCCCAGCAGUGACGCAGACAGCGUUGGUGGUGGCAGUGAGUCUCGAUCCUUGGACUCUCCCACUUCCAGCCCAGGCCCUGGCACUCGGAGGUUAGUGAAGGCCGCAUCCACAGGCACCGAGUCCUCAGAUGACUUUGAGGAGCGAGACCCGGAUCUAGGAGAUGGGCAGGAGAAUGGGCUCAGCAGCCCCUUCAGGAAAUGGUCCCUGUCUCCUGCGGCGCAGACCCACCGACUCCGCCGGCUGCGGGGCCCAGCCAAGUGCCGCGAGUGCGACACCUUCAUGGUCAGCGGGACCGAGUGUGAGGAGUGUUUCCUGACCUGCCACAAGCGCUGUCUGGAGACUCUGCUUGUGCUGUGUGGACGCCGGCGGCUCCCAGCCAGGACGCCCCUGUUUGGGGUGGACUUCUUGCAGCUACCCCGGGACUUCCCUGAGGAGGUCCCCUUUGUGGUCACCAAGUGCACGGGGGAGAUUGAACACCGCGCCCUUGGUGUACAGGGCAUCUACCGAGUCAGCGGAUCCCGGGUCCGAGUGGAACGGCUAUGCCAGGCCUUUGAGAAUGGCCGAGCCCUGGUAGAACUUUCUGGAAACUCACCUCAUGACAUCACAAGUGUCCUCAAGAGGUUCCUCCAGGAGCUCACCGACCCUGUGGUCCCCUUCCACUUGUACGACGCCUUCAUCUCUGUGGCUAAGACCCUGCACACGGAUCUUUGGGACAGCCCCUGUGCUCCCAGUCCCCACGCUGAGGUGAUCCACACACUGAAGACCCUCCUGGUACACCUGCCUGGCUCCAACUACAACACCUUGCGCCACCUGGUAGCACACUUGUUCAGGGUGGCCGCACAGUUUGAGGAAAACAAGAUGUCUGCCAACAACCUGGGCAUCGUGUUUGGGCCCACGCUACUGCGGCCGCCGGAGAGCCUGAGGGCCGCGGGCAUGGGCUCCGUCACCUGCCUGCUGGACUCUGCCCGCCAGGCCCAGCUGGUGGAGUUCCUCAUCACCAACUAUGAACAGAUCUUUGGAAUGGACGAGCUCCCCCUGGCCACCGAGCCUCUGCCCCCGGACCCCAACCCUACCCAAGGGCCCCCCACGGCCAGCUCACAGCCCCCAGCCAUAGCCUCCCAUGCCAGCCCAGCCCCCACACCCCACAGUGCCCUGGAGGAGGCCAUGCACAGCCCCAAGAUCCCAGCUAUGCAGAAUGACCUAAGAGAGGAAGGUGAAGAUACCCAAGACAGAGGAGGGGGAGUGUCCAACACAGGCUCCGAGGACCAUGUCCUGGGGACACAGUGCCGAGGCCACUUCAGCCGGCAGCCAGUGAAGUACCCACGAGGGGGUGCACGCCCAGUGACCCAACCACUGUCUGGCUUGGCCCUGGUGGCCUCCAGGCUGUGUGAGGAGAGCCCCACAAGGAGCUCGAGAGGACAGGGGCCCGGCCCCACUGCAGCCUCCCCUGAGGGACCUCCCCUGUGCCACACCCAACUGCCCAAGCACUUUGAGAUCACCAGGCUCCUUUCCAAGCCAGACAGCAAGGCUGUGCCCCUGGCCCUGGAGGCCCAAUCCCCUGCCUCAGGAAAGUGAGGCCUACUUCUGACCCCCCCCCCCCACCACCCCAGCUCUGGCUCACCCCAACUGGUGGCCAGGCAUCAGGCCACAAGUCUGAUGGGCCAGUAGGAAAAGGGGCCCAAGGGGUUGUCUGAGGCCCCAAGCAUGGGGGGGGGCAC